AUGGAAAACCACAAAUCGUUUAAUGAAAAGCUUGGAUAUCAAAAGCAAACAGACAAUUUUGCUACAAAAGCUAUUCAUAGUGGAUAUAAGCCCGAAGAUUGUAAAAAUAGACCGGUUGUGCCUCCAAUUAUAACUGCGACAGUAUUUGAAUACAUUGAACCUGGUGUUCAGAAUGGUUAUCAUUACAGCCGAUUUGGUAAUCCUAUACGAAGCAAUUUAGAUAAUUCUUUGGCAUCUCUUGAUAACGCAAAGCAUGCACUUACAUUUUCAUCGGGUGUGGGAAUGACGACGGCCAUAAUCGCUACCUUAGAUAAAGGUGAUGGAAUCAUUUCCACUCAUGACCUAUAUACUGGAACCAAUAAUUUAUUUAAAGAGUUUGGUCGUAAAAUGGACCUCAAUGUUAAAUUUAUUGAUUUGACUGAUUUAAAAAUGUUGGAAAGUUCUUUGAAAGAUGACACAAAAAUCGUUUGGGUUGAAUCACCAACAAAUCCUUUAAUGACUAUUCUUGAUAUUAAAUCUAUUGCUAAGAUUGUUCAUUCAAAAUCAAAGGCAAUUUUAAUCUGCGACAAUACACUCUCUACUUCUUAUUUUCAACGUCCUUUGGAGCUUGGUGUUGAUGUUGUGACUUAUUCCUUGAGUAAAUAUUACAACGGGCAUAGCGACAUCAUCAUGGGAGCUUUGACAACAAAUGAUGAUAAAUUGUUUGAAAAAUUAAAACACAGUCAAACAUCAACUGGAGUUGUUCCAUCACCAUUCGAUUGCUACAUGGUUCUAAGAAGUUUGAAAACUUUAUCGCUAAGAAUGGAAAAGCAUUCGGAAAAUUCUUAUCUAAUUGCAAAAUUCUUAUCGACACAUCCAAAAAUUGAGAAAGUGUUUCAUCCAUCUUUGGAAACUCACGAACGACAUCAAUUGGGAUGUAAGCAAUCUUAUGGACAUUCUGGAGUGUUUUCAUUUCUUAUCAAGGGUUCAUUAGAAGAAUCAAAAAAAUUCCUCAAAGCUUUGAAAUUAAUUUAUGUCACUGGAAGUUUAGGAGGUACUGAGAGUGUAGCUUCAAUUCCAUUACUUAUGAUGGUUUCAAAUAAAUUUGAAAAAGAUCAUGUAGCAAAAGGAUUGACUGAUAAUCUCAUUAGACUUUCUGUCGGUCUUGAAGACCUUGGCUAUCGAAAGCAGAAUUCUGAUUUUGCUACAAAAUCAGUUCACGCUGGUCAUAAAGCAGAAGAAUGGAAGGGAAGGCCAGUUGUGACACCUCUCGUAACAUCAACAACUUAUCAACAUACAACGCCUGAAGAACAUUCCGGCUAUCAAUACAGCCGCUACAAAAAUCCAACUCGCGAUGUUUUAGAAUCAUGUUUAGCUUCUCUUGAUAAUGCAAAAUAUGGACUUUCGUUUACAUGUGGUGUCGGAGUUGUUUCAGCUGUUAUCGCAACAUUACAAAGUGGUGAUGAGAUUGCUUCAAUGCCAAAUAUGUAUGGCGGCACAAUACGAUUAUUCAAAGAUUUAGCAGCUAAAAUGGGAAUAGAAACUAAAUACAUCGACUUUAGUGACAUGAAGAUUCUCAAAAGUUCUUUGACUAGUAAAACCAAACUUGUUUGGAUCGAGACGCCUACAAAUCCCUUGUUGUCGAUUGUCGACAUAAAAUCAAUCGCUGAUGUUGUUCAUUCACAUUCAAAAGCUAUUUUCAUUGUUGACAAUACUUUUCUGACUCCAUACUUUCAAAGACCAUUGGAACUUGGAGCUGAUGUUGCAAUGUAUUCAUUAAGCAAGUUCUAUAAUGGACAUUCUGAUGUCACCAUGGGAGGAAUAACCACGAAUGAUGAGAAAUUCUACAACACAUUAAAAUAUUUUCAAGUAUCAACUGGAGUUGUUCCAUCGCCAUUUGAUUGUUUCAUGGCAAACAGAAGCAUAAAAACUUUAUCGUUAAGAAUGGAAAAGCAUUCGGAAAAUUCUUAUGCAAUAGCAAAGUUCUUGGAAUCACAUCCAAAAAUUGAGAAAGUUUUUCAUCCAUCGUUGAAGUCACAUGUCGGACAUGACAUCGCUUUGAAGCAAUCUUAUGGACAUUCUGGAAUUAUGGCUUUCUAUAUGAAAGGAACUGUCGAUGACUUGGACCAAUUUACAAAAGCUUUAAAGGUUAUCAUGAUUGCUGAAAGUUUGGGAGGACUUGAAACCACUGUCGCCAUUCCUUGGUUGAUGUCACAUUCAGAUAUGCCAGAAGCAAAUAGACUUGCAGUUGGUGUCACUCCAACUUUGGUGCGUUUGAAUGUUGGUGUUGAAGAUAUCGAAGAUUUGAUUGCUGAUCUUGAUCAAGCUUUAAGUAAAUAAGUGGAAAAUUAAAAUUCUUUCGAUUUAUUUCUAAGAAAUUUUAUUUCAACACAAAGUUUAUCAUACAAUAAAUAAAGAAAUUUUAUUUUCACUUUCACGAUAAAUCAAUCAAGCACAACUAAAGAAAUUGUCAUUUAAAAACUAACAGCGAUCAGCAUGAUCACAUGGGACGAAUUUGUGUGCCUUCGUCAGAUGUGUUCAUGUCAAUUUUAUUAAGAAAUUCUUGUGCGAUUUCAAAUAUGUGAAGGUUUUAUAAACCAUCAAAUAAUAAAAAAAACUGACAAACUUUUGAAUAAAUUUAAAGACUCGCUAUAAUUAAGACUUAUGUUCAACUACUUUUACUGGUUCUUGGUACGUCAUUGGCACUUAAAACAAAUAUGGGCGAUGUGUAAUCGAUAUACUUAUCACCCGAAUGAAUAUUUUUAUUAUUCACAUAAUGCAAUUUGUCCUUGCUUUUUCCUUUCUUGAGCAUCACGUAAAUCACGAGAAUGCUAAUCAUGAAUGCUGAUGAUGUCGCAAUGAUGAACACAAUCGUAUGAAAUGUGUUUUGUGGAAUGCCAAGUGAAGAUUUUUGAGCGUCUUGAAUAUUUGUCAUCGGUAUUUUGUGAGAGAAUUUCGACUGUGUGAUGUCGGGCCGAAGCAUUCCAUGGAACAAGAAUAAGUUUUGUUCUUUACUCAUUUCUUCAAUAGCAAAAGCUUGAUUGGUUUUAUGUUCAUCUACUAAAUCAAACUUCAUUGUCACACUUUUAUCUGAAUUUUCUUGCACACGGAAGUUCAUGAAUCCAUCACCAACAAGAUUCUUCAAAUCUUCGUUCAAAACAUCGUACAAAUUCCUUAAUUUAACUUCAUUUGGAUUUGUCAGAUGAAGUUCAAUUUCUACAGCAUCAAGUUUUGUGUGUUCACAAUUUUUCGUUCCUUUUCUAAAAGUGCUACUCCAUGGAAGUUGAUUUCCAGCUUCGUCUACACACCAACACGUAUCGAGAUUGCAUUGUGUUGCGAGAAAGUUUCCUUCUUCGUCACAAUUGACAACGAAAUGUGCUGUUGAUCGAAGAGCGUCACAACGUGUAGUAGAAGCAAUAAGUCGUUGACUGCUUUGUCCUAAUUUCCCUGACACAUCAAAAAUCCUUUCAGUUGCACCUCCAAUCGCUUCAUUUUUCACUUCAUCUUCAUCAAGGAAGUUACUUUCAUCAGUCAAGAAGGUGAUUUGACGAAUAAGUUCUUCCAUCAUUGGAUCUGCUUCUUCAACAUGCAUUCGAGCUUGCAUUCGUGCUUGACGAUGAUUACAAACUGGUUCUUGUCCCUUCGUCAAUGAUCCUUUAAUCGGCGAUCCUUUCUUAUCAGCACACCAACAGACUCGAGUAUUUUCAUUUGUAUUUUCACCAAUGCAUUGAACAGCACUCCACGAUCCAUUCUCUGGAUCACAUCUGGGUCGGAACCAAAUGUCAGAUUUAUCAGCUCGUCUUCGUGCAGCAAUUGAAUUCUUCAACUUCAAUCUCUCACAUUGUGAUAGAAUUGGGCACACUGAUCGACAAGCUUUUUCACUGUGGAAGAGAUUUUUGCUGAUGCAUGAAGAAUUUUUUGUCUUUGACAAGCGAACAGGUGUACAUUUGUUGACGCGUGGGUUGAAUCGAUAUUUCACAACAGUUUCUGUUCCAUCAUCCUCACUAACAUUGCAAAUUGAAUCCACAGAUUCGAAGCAAACGUCACGACCUUUUGCACAGCAAACGCCUCGUUUUGUGAUGGGAUUUAAGUUGCAGGAAUGUGUUGUUGGACAAGCAUCAGCUUCAGGUCCACAAUUAAUUUCCCUUCCAUUGAGUUUCAAAGGUAAACCUUCAGUACAAACAGAGUCACGUAGUGGUGUACAGAUUGGCAUUCUUGGACAUGGUUGUGUGUUGUUAUUGCUGUUGAUGCAUUCAACUUGCACAAGUUCGCAUUGUUCAUCUAAUGGACAUUUUAUUUCCUUACACAAAUCCUUACAUUCACAAGUUUUACAACCAUUUUCAUCGAACUCAAAUCCAUGUUCGCAUGAUUUA